AUGAAAGCGAAAACGGACGAUGGAAACCUAUUCUAUAAUAAUGAAGAGUACGAAAAAAUUAAGAAAAAAACCCUGUUCAAAAUUCUCCUUUCCGUGUUUAUCAAGACGUUAUUUGAAUCCUUCCUACAGCCGCUGCUCCCAUUUUAUAUAUUAAACUAUUACGACAUACAAGUGAAGGAAUUGGGAAUUUUACUAAGUUUCUAUUCGCUCGCCCAAUGUGUAAUGUGCCUAGUUAUAGGAUUCUUUUCUUCCAUCAACAAGAAGCAUUUACUUGUAUUUCUAAUUCUGCUAAACCUGAUUGGUAUGUACCUAUUUUACGUAAAGUUGAAUUUCCCUCUAUUAAUUAUUAACAGAAUUAUAUGUGGCAGUAGCUCAGUGUUCAUCGUUGUAGUUAAUGCCAUGAUCAAUGACCUGGUUGACUCAGAUGUGUGCAUUUAUUACACCUACAUAAAUAUAUUUAAUGCAAUUGGAAUUAUUCUGGGUCCACUAUUAUCUUCCCUCUUUUUAACCAUAUUUAAUUUUGAAAUAAUAUUACAUUUUAACACACUUGGAUUAAUUGCCUCUCUGCUAAUUGUGUUGACCAUUUCGAGUGAGCUACUAGCACAAAAUCAGGACAACAUAAAAAAAGCCAUCAUCGAAGACGCUAAUUUGAUCACCCUCAAUGUUGACACCCAUGGGCAGAAAAAAAAAAAUGAACAAAAAAAUCUACCACACAACGGAGGGGAAAAUUCCGCAUAUUUGAAUGAUCUAGCAGAGUCGGAAUUUAAAAAUCAUCGUGCACACAGUGGGAGCUACAAACAUGAUGUGUCCAGCUACAGAAGGGGAACCAAUUCUGCGAAUGGAAAUUUGAUAAGUGCAAAUUUGAGAGGUGAAAUUUCUGCAGGUGAAUAUUCUGUAAAUAGCUACCUGCUGAAUAAUAAAAAAAAAAAAACUGACGAAAAUUACAGGAAGAAAUUUUUCAGUCAAGACAAUGAUGAAUUUUCCGAUCUAUCAUAUCAGCAAUUUCUGAAAAGACGGGACUACUUUUACAUCACCAGGGUCAGUCUCUACCUGAAGGAAAAGAUGCGUGCACUUUCUCACACGACUCUUUCGUACAAGUUGAAGUGCCUCCUUUCGAUUUGCAUGUUCAGAUUUACCUCAGCCUUCUCCUCCAAUUUGAUGAGCAACAUUUUUUUUGUAUUCUACAACGACAACGUUUCCUCCGACAACAAGCAGAUACAGAUCAGCGUCUUUGUCUCCCUGAGCGGAAUUAUCAUGAUCUUCUACCAAUACUUUUCCUUCUCAUAUAUUUUGAAAACGUUUGGAUACAAUGGCACGGCAAUUAUAGGAUUGCUCAUACAGAGCACAGGAAUCCUCCUCACGUACCACAGCAUAAAAUAUUACAACAUAAUUUUUCAAUACAUCAGCAUUUGCUUCAUCCAUUCCUGCUCCUAUGCCUACAUAGAGCCAAUCAUACCAACCAUUAUAUCUUUAUUUUUUUCCAAAAAGGAUCAACUGUUUUCCCAAAGCAUUGUUUCCUUCUUCAGAUAUUUAUCCCUCACCAUUUCGCCUAUCAUUUAUAGCUACUACUACAUUGAAAGUCAGCUUUCCCCUUUUUUCAUUUCUUCCUGCGUGUCUAUUAUAUCCAUUUUUUUUGUGCAUCUCUCCUUUAAGUACCACAAGAGGAUGAACACUUCCCUUGUGUCUAAUUAG